CAGCUGAACCAGCCCCCCGAGCUCCCGCGUCUCCUCUCCUUCCUUUGUGUGCGCGCGAGCGGAGUUGGGGCGGAGGGAGAAGGGGGAGGUCGCUCUGUCUGUCUGGCUCCCGCCGCCUCUGCCCGGGCUGCUCGAAGUGCCGCUGGGGAGGCAGGAGCCCAGGGGAGGGUGCAGGAGCUGGCGGGGCGCCUCCGGGCCGCCCGGGCGCUGUGGUCCCAGCCGCGCGCGGGGGAGCGCGGACCACAGCUGGGGCUCGACUGGAGGCACGGUUAGUCCGCUCCCGCCGCCCCUCGGCCUCCCUCGGCUCCUACCUAGCCCCCGACACGCGGAGAAGAGCGUGCAAAGGCGCCGAGAGGGACGGAAACCACAAAUAAAUAGCGGCGGCAGCAGCGCGUCAUCUGGUGGAGCAGGAAGUGCAGGCAGAGUCCGGAGGCUGGUGCUUUGCUGCGCGUCCCCAGGACUUUGCCAUGGGCUGGGGGCCGCUAAGGCUGCGAGCGGUCGCGCUAGGGCAGCGGCGGCGGCGUCCGCUCCGGGGCUGAGCCAGCAGCGACGCGCGGGGCGCGCGGAGAUGGCAGCGUCCAGCAACUCCAGCCUGUCCGGCUCCUCGGUGUCCUCCGAUGCUGAAGAAUACCAGCCUCCAAUAUGGAAAUCAUACUUAUAUCAGUUACAGCAAGAGGCCCCUCGUCCCAAGAGGAUCAUUUGUUCUGGGGAGGUGGAGAACAGACCAAAAUAUUAUGGAAGAGAGUUUCAUGGGAUCAUCUCCCGGGAGCAGGCAGAUGAGCUCCUCGGAGGCGUGGAAGGUGCCUACAUUCUCAGAGAAAGCCAACGCCAGCCAGGAUGCUACACGUUAGCUCUAAGGUUUGGAAACCAGACUUUAAACUACAGGCUCUUCUAUGAUGGAAAACACUUUGUGGGCGAGAAGAGGUUUGAAUCGAUUCACGAUCUGGUCACAGAUGGCUUGAUAACACUGUACAUAGAAACAAAAGCUUCUGAAUACAUUUCCAAAAUGACAACAAACCCCAUUUAUGAACACAUUGGAUAUGCCACUCUACUCAGAGAAAAAGUAUCCAGGAGGCUGAGCAGGUCGAAAAAUGAAUCCAGGAAAACAAGCGUUACAAAUGAAGAACACACAGCAGUUGAAAAGAUCUCGUCCCUGGUCCGAAGGGCCGCCCUCACGCACAACGACAACCACUUCAACUACGAGAAGACCCACAACUUUAAGGUCCACACAUUCCGAGGCCCGCACUGGUGUGAAUACUGUGCCAACUUCAUGUGGGGGCUCAUCGCCCAAGGGGUUCGGUGCUCAGACUGUGGAUUGAAUGUACACAAACAGUGUUCCAAGCACGUUCCCAAUGACUGUCAGCCGGAUCUCAAGAGGAUCAAGAAGGUGUACUGCUGUGACCUCACAACACUUGUAAAGGCUCACAACACUCAAAGACCCAUGGUGGUAGACAUAUGCAUACGGGAGAUUGAAGCAAGAGGAUUGAAGUCGGAAGGCCUUUACAGAGUCUCCGGGUUCACUGAACACAUCGAAGAUGUCAAAAUGGCAUUUGACAGAGAUGGUGAAAAGGCAGAUAUAUCUGCCAACAUCUAUCCAGACAUAAACAUCAUCACUGGAGCCCUUAAACUUUACUUCAGAGACCUACCCAUUCCUGUUAUCACCUAUGACACCUACCCCAAAUUUAUCGAAGCAGCGAAAAUCUCCAAUGCGGAUGAGAGGCUGGAAGCCGUCCAUGACGUGCUGAUGCUGCUGCCCCCGGCCCACUAUGAGACCCUCCGAUAUCUGAUGAUCCAUCUCAAGAAGGUGACACUGAAUGAAAAGGACAAUCUCAUGAAUGCUGAAAAUCUGGGGAUCGUGUUUGGACCCACGCUGAUGAGGUCCCCCGAGGACAGCACCCUCACCACCCUCCAUGACAUGCGGUACCAAAAGCUGAUUGUGCAGAUUUUAAUAGAAAAUGAAGAUGUUUUGUUUUAAUCCACCAGGGAAAGGAGACGAAUGGCCCCAGCCCCAUCUUGCUGAUAAGGCUAAAAAGGAAUAAAAGCACUUCUUACCCUUGAUUUGUUUUUCAAGCAAGUGACGGAAUUUCCUGGACCGCAGUGGACUGUCAAGUCGGCUACUGUGUCUCAUAGACACUGGCCUCCUCCAUGUGAGAACAGCAGGGGUGAGAGUGAACAAAGGCCCUGCCGUGGGUCUUUGCUGUGCCUCCUACAGAUGUCUGUUUUGCUGGAAGAGUGAUUAAUAAAUCUUUAACUUAUUUAAAAAAAAAAAAAAGGUAGCUCUUUAAGCUUCAGUCUUAUCAGUAAUAAAAGGGAAUUUAAUUCAUAGAGGUACUUGAUACAGUUAUACAUUUUCCACUUACAAAAAGAAGACAAUUCUAUGUUAAAUGUUAAAUGAAACUUAUAUUGUAAAGUGUAUUUUUAUUUUAGCUGCAAGAAUGUUACUUUAUUUCAGCAAAUAGAACUCAAUGCAGUGCAUUGAUUAUGACCCUGUGCACCUUGUCCUGCUUCUUGCCGUGAUCCCUGAAAAAGUUUACCGUGAAUGCAGUAUUAUCUUGACAUACCUCUGUCCUUAUCAGUGCUUUGCAGUGGAAGCUCACCGGCCACCUGUGUCCCUGCUUUUGAUAGGUUUUGCUGUUAAGCACUGGCAUCUUUGUAGUCGUACAGUAUAUGUUUUUAGCAGUUGUAGGAUGGUCUGAAACAUCCACAGAUUUUCUUUCCAUGAGAAUUCUGUGAAAUCCCAAAGUAUGUUUUGGCAUUAGUCGGUCUUUCCUCCCUAUCAUGUGUGUAUAGUCCCAGAACAUGCAGAAUGUGGUCAUUUUACAUGAAAUGACGUGAGAAUACUGGUUGAAUCUGGGCCAUGUAAGAAGUUAGCACUUUCCCUAUGUCCUUUUCAGGCUAGUCCUUGGGACUAACCAAUUAAUGGCAAGUUGUACUGAUUUUUUUCCCCAUUUUUGUUUUAUAAACAAGCCUAGUUUUAAAAGUAAGAAUGAAUAAGUUUGGUUUUUACAAAUCUUGGUUCCUUGAUAAAAGUAGCUCUGUAGGGAUAAUUUAAUAUGAUUUGAUCACAAUAGUUCCAUCUUCAUUAUAAAUUUAGCUUAGCAUGAGCUUUUUUCACAGCAAGAUCUCUAUAUUUGGUAACAUAGGUAAAAUAUUUAAAGCAUUAAAAACUGUAAAUUUAAAAAAAAAUUUUUUUUCUGAAAUCCAACUACAAUGUCUUUUCCUCUGAUUGUCUGAGAUGACCCAUGUACUUACUGGCUAGUCUUGUUUUGGAGUGACCAGAAGAGAAUCACUGUGUGGUGAGUGAGCUGAAAGGAGGAGGGCAGUGCAAUCGUCCUGGGCAGUUCCACGGGCUAUGCGGAUGGACUCUGUUGGCACACGGGGGGAUCACAAUGGUUCUGCUGGGUCCCUGCUAUUAUUGUCCCUCCCAAGUGUACAGAUUUGUUGGUUGUAGCUUAUGUACUUCUUGAUACUGUCAAAAAAUUAUCUGAAAAUGGUUUUAUUUUGUGAAGUGAAUAAUACUUUGUAAUUUAUGAUAGUGUAAAUGGAAGGAAAAGCAUUAAAUGUAUUAAAUUCUUCUGUCUAUCAUA